UGUGUCUUGAUCUAUAAAUGAGAUAGAAUGAGAGCGGGUAUUGCUACCAAACCCAGCUUUCAUAGGUAUUUUCAUAGUCCCGAGAUUGAACCCCAGCUAUAAACAUGAUACACCCAUGCUGGAAGUUCUUCGGCUUCCUCGCAGCAGCCCGACUUUGCGAGCUUAAAGUGGCAGACUCAGAUAUUACGACAUGGUGGCACGAGAAUUCCGUCAUCAACACCAAUACUUCUGUGGCAGCUGAUGAGGUCCGUCGUUCACGACGAUACAACGUCUCUGUUUCCCUCGCUGGCGAGGAUGACUUUCGUGACUCAUUGGUCUAUGAAACCAUUCCUCGUAAUGGCAACGAAAAAAUGUUUGAUCCAGCUCAACCUGGGAAAGAGUAUGACUUGCUGGAUGGGGAUGGAAUUACAAUUGAGGCAGAUGAAGGCAUCAAUAUGGCUUGGACGCAGUUCAUCUAUCGGAAAGAUGUCGAUGUUCGGAUUGUUACUACUGACGGAUCUUCGAUUGGCCCAGUUUCCAACGUUGUCAUCCGUCCAGUUGAUCUUGGCUUCACAGUCAAGAGUACAAAGGAUAAUACCGUCUUGAUUCGAGUCCCUUUUCAGAAUUCUGGGGCUAGAUUCUCUGUUGAGUUCAAGAAUGAUCUCUUCACGUACAGGUCCAACGGCACCGAUUAUGUGAACGAUGGCGGCGUCAUCGUGAGUGAGGAGCCUAGCAAUAGUCUCAUCAUCUUCGCCAGCCCGCCUCUUUCCCAGGACCUGAUUCCCUCGAAGACCUCAAGCAAUGUACAGGUCAUCCGCCCAGGCAAGAUGACGCAAGACACUUUUGGGUCCAAGCCUACCAUGGUCUUCGAAUCGGGUAUUCAUUGGUUAGAGAAAGAUGGAAGUCUCGGCAAGGACCAUAUCAAGUUUCACCCUGACACUCACUAUGUAUAUUUCGAGCCUGGUGCCUACGUCAAAGCAGCGUUGGAGUACACAACGACACACCACACUUUCCAUACUGUCGGCUAUGGAGUGCUGUCCGGCGAGAACUAUGUUUACAUGGCCAACACAGUCAAGAACUACACCGCUGUGAAAGAUGACCGAUACAGUCUUCGCAUGUUCUGGCACCAGUCCGUCACAAAUAAUCAGACAUGGCACUGCAUCGGUCCAACGCUCGCCUCGCCGCCAUUCAACACCAUGGAUCUUUAUCCUAAGAACAGCACUCCCCACGAGGAAGACAACAAAGUCAGCGCACAUAUCCGCGAUUACAAACAAGUCGGAGCAUACUACUUCCAAACCGACGGAACUCAGAUGUACAGAGGUUCAGUUCGCGAUGUUUUCUGGCAUGUCAAUGAUGAUGCUAUCAAACUAUAUCACUCAGGAGUCCAACUUCACGGACUGACGAUCUGGAAAGCCCGAAACAACGCAAUUAUCCAGAUGGGUUGGAAACCGCGUAAUGUCAGUGACGUGUCGGUUAGGAAACUCCGCAUCAUUCAUAAUCGAUGGAUCAAGCCCGAUGCGUAUGUCCGUCGGCUAUCUUGGGCGCAGCGCCGUUUUACGGUGACCCGAAAGAGAUCGAUACUCAACGGACCAUGCAGGUCAAGAUUGACGACGUUGUCUGUGAAGGCAUUUGUGCAGCGCUCAUGACAAUUGCUCCGAUGCAAAACUUCGACUUGGAGAUCUCUCAUGUGCAUUUUGAGACGUUACAUAACGAUACGGAACUCAAGCUUGGGAGAAGCGUCGUUGGUAUGGAUGCGGGCGACGGAGUAGAUAAUUAUACUCCCGGGCAGGGAAACUUGGCACUGGGUAUUCAUAUCAAGAACUGGACCAUCGGGGAGGUGGAGGUUGAUAAGAAGAAUGCGGGCGAGGAUGGAUUGGGUCAGCUAAAGAUUAACCCCAUGUUUGAUGGAGAUUGGAGCCUGGAAUAAUCUCAACAACGAGAGCCUCAACUGGGACCUGAAAACAGCUAUACAUGGGCUGUGCCACCAUUGAGAAAUCAAAUAGAUCCCCUACCGCAAUAAGAAACUAUAAGAACGGGAAUACUACGACCUUGCCCUCCAAUCCAAUAGGUUCCCAAACCGCUCACAUUCAUGCAAGCAGAUCCCCAAUCUGCAUCACGGACGCGGGGUAAAACAGCGACUCUGGAAUAUUAGUAACAGAAGUGGGCUUUUCCUCCUCCCACUUUCGAGCUAGAUAUAUAAUUCGGUUAUCUCGGCGACACAAACCCCUCAUCUAGGUCCCGGAAACACAAUGGGAGAUAACUGCAGUCGGAAAUAAGCCAAUCAGCAAAAAUGGGGCCGUUGUGCUAUCGUGAUAAUGCGGGGGCGAGUUCGUUGGGUGGCGUAUUGUUCAAGGAUGGGGACUGGUCAAGGGUGGGAUGAGGGUUCGUGAUAACUACAACUAGUCCGAGUGGCUGACUUUAGCGGGGAGGGGACUAGUUGUGCUGACCUUUUUGUUUCUCCCAUUUGCCGUUUGGUGAAUUGUUAAACCUAAUUCUGUAUUCAUCUGUAUCAAUUGACUUUUAGCUCAUUCAGUAUUCAUAUCAUUACAAUGAAGGCUUCACAAGACGCUCUCCCAUCACCGCCCCUGUCCGACACCGAUGAAACGGUCCCCAAA